ACGUUCCAAUUUUACACCUAGAGUGCGCAAUAUCGCGUGCACUGUGUUAGUGCAUCCGUUCCGUAUUUACUUUAACAGGGAAGAAAGGUUUUUGUAAAAAUGACAUCUCUAUUAAAAAACUGUUGGAAAUUGUCACGAAGUUUUCCUGUUAUCGUGCCAAAGUGUUAUCCAAAUCUUCUUCCUUCAAUAAGGACCAAUACUACGGAUAGCGAAAAGAUAGAAAGACCAACAGUACGCAAAGUUACAACAGAUGUGGAACAGAUAAAAGAUUUUGGUCAGUAUGUUGCUGAAUGUUUACCAAAAUAUGUACAGAAAGUCCAAAUAGCAGCUGGCGAUGAACUUGAGAUAUUAGUUUGUCCAGAUGGAAUUAUUCCAACACUAUCGUUCUUAAGGAACCAUCACAACGCUCAGUUUAUUAACUUGUCAGAUAUUACUGCAGUAGAUGUUCCUAGUCGUACAUAUAGAUUCGAGCUUGUCUACAUGAUCUUGUCAUUGAGAUUUAAUACUCGUAUUAAGGUAAAAUCAUAUACAGAUGAAUUAACACCCGUACCAUCGGCAGAACAUGUAUUUGAUGCUGCUAAUUGGUACGAAAGAGAAAUAUGGGAUAUGUUUGGCAUAUUCUUUCUUAAUCAUUCAGACCUUCGUAGAAUUCUUACAGAUUAUGGUUUUGAAGGACAUCCAUUAAGAAAAGAUUUUCCUUUAUCUGGUUAUGUCGAGGUACGUUAUGAUGACGAAAAGAAAAGAGUUGUAUGUGAACCAUUAGAAUUGGCACAAGAAUUUCGUAAAUUUGAUUUAUCUGCUCCAUGGGAACAAUUCCCUAAUUUCCGAGAUAAUCCUGCAGCUAUUCCUGAAGAAGCACCUAAAGAAAAGUAAAUUAUAUUAUUGAAAUAAAUUGAAUAGUAUGAAAGAAAAAUUUACUUCUAUAAAUUUUACGCUUAAGAAAAAAAGCGAAAUAAAGUAAAGGGAUGAUAUUUCAAUUUUCA